ACUUCCUAGCGGGAAGCAGCCGUCGGUAGCUGUCAUCCAGCAGCAGGAUCCAAAGGAUAAGCAGAAGGCCAAAGAUGAGACUGUGUCGAGCUGAAUAUAAAGAGAUAGUGAGGUCGACAGAACACCUGAGACCUACACGGCAAUGUAUGAAGAUGCUGAAGGACAGGUUUCCUAAUCACUCGCAGUCCACUCUUCUGAGCAUCUUCUCCCUGGAGUACCAGAAACGAACCAAAAGGACCAUUUCAAGACACCAUUUACCAGAAGUUAUUGAAGGCUACUACCAGAGGUAUCUGGGUGAAGCCAAGGCACGUCCCACAUCUCCUGUCCUGCUGGAGCUGGCCAAUGAGGUGGACCUGUCUCCUGCCCUGUUGGCGCGUGUCAUCCUUGACAGGUUUCUCCAGGACAUGGGCGGUGAAACACCCUCCAAAACUGUUCUCAACAGUAUGCUGAAGGAACCAUCAUUAAUCCCGGACCAAGUUUUGGCCAAUAACAUCUACCAAUGCACAAUAAAUGACUGCUGUUAUGGACCACUGGUAGACUGCAUCAAACACGCGAUUGGCCAAGAGCACGAGGUACUCCUUUGUGAUAAACUAAAGGAGAGGAACCUUUCCUUUCUGGAUGAAAACCAGCUGAGAAAUAUGGGCUACGACAAAACGCCUGAUAUCAUCCUAGAAGUUCCAGUUGCUGUGGAGGGACACAUUGUGCACUGGAUAGAGAGCAAAGCCUCUUUCGGAGAUGACCACAGCCAUCGAACUUACCUCAAUGAACAGUUCUGGAGCUACUGGAACAGGUUUGGUCCAGGCCUUGUGAUCUACUGGUACGGUUUCAUAGGAGAGCUGGACUGCCAGAGAGACAGAGGCAUCCUACUUAAAGACUGCUUCCCUACUGAUAUCGUCACCCUUAGCCAUGCCACCCAGCAGGAUCGUUCACCAGAGAGCCAGAUACAGGACAACGAGUGAGAUAAGAGCAGAAGUGGAGUGAAAAAGAUGGGAGGUUGAAUGGCAGGAAAGAGGGAGGGCAGCAAGGAGGUGGGACGGGUAAGAAUGCUGAACUAUGCAGGGGUGGAUACCCAGAUCCGGAAGCAAUUUGGCUUUCCUGCAGUCUGAUACAACUGGCAAAAAAAAUCUGCCCUGAACUCCACUUGACCCCCCCUUUCUCUGUCUGCAUACCUCGUUCUUCCUCUCAUUCAGCGGCCCAAAGCUACUGGACGUAAGUGCACGGCAGUUUUUUCCGUGUAUGUGAGAGUGCGCGGUCAGAGUGUCCUCGUGGUCGACACCUGGCCCUUGGAUGGCCUCUCGCAGAGAACAGCCACGCUGCUCGCCCCGGCCAGGCCUUAUCACGCCCCAAGUUCUGGCCUUUGUCACUUCUUCCUCCUCCGUUCCACUGACAGAUAAGAGAGGUGCGGUCUAGCGGGGGGUGGGGGGGUCUCACCUGCGUCACUCAGUGCCCUCUCAGUCGCUCUUCGGGGGGUAAACAGGAUCAUUUCUGAUUACAACUGUCCUCAAAAUGACCCUUAACCCAUUAUAACAUCUAAUUGAUUUACUUUUUCUGGGAUUGAAAGCAACUUUUUCUGCUUGAACUACUAGUCAUUGCAUAGUUAGUUUGUUUUUGUUUUAAUUAGUAAUGACUUAAAGAAAAUAUAUGUAUAGUAUCUCAUCAGAUUCCUGUUUUUCUAGUAAUUUAGCUUAUUCUCCUUAGUUGUCUACAUAUCUCUGUAAAUAUUGUUUGUUUCAUUAUAGGAGGACCACUCGACAAGCCCUUAAGGGUUUUUUUGGUUCCUCCUGCAAAUUUUUUCUGUUACAUUGUAUUCUUUUUUUUUUUUUUUUCCUUUUUUUUCUAAAUACUGUUUGUCUGAAUUUUUGGCGGUUGUAUUUUUUUUUUUUUUAUGUGCAAAUAAAUAAAUAAAAUAAAAAUAAAUAAGCAAUAUUAGUGGAACACACAGGUUCCACUAAUAUUGUACACCUAGAGAAUUGAUAGGAUCAACCUAAUUUAAUUUUAAUUUUUUCUUAGUUUUGUGGUCUAGGGUAAUAAUUGCAUAUUUUCACAUUCAUUGAUAAUCCGUCUCCUUUUUUUGUGAUAAAUUGACCAAUCAUUUGGUCUGUAAAAUAAAAUCCUGAACAUGAGCGGUAACAUUUUUCAAAGAAGACAUGACAUCUUAAAAUGGUUUAUGAAUAACCAGCAGCCUGACAUAGGAAUAUAUUUAAUUCAUAAAUAAUAUAAAGCAGUUUUUUGGCUUUUAUUAUAGUAUAUGGGGUUAUUUAAAAGUGGCCCUGGGGAAGAAGGAGCAACAAAGCAGAGCUGGGGUCUCGCGCUGGAGUCCAACUCGGGUCUCUGAACAAAGGUCCAUUGACUUAUACCAACAAUAUCCUGCGAGCCUCCAAAAUCACAUGCAAAAUGUAUUGUUUAUGUUACCUGCUGAAUUGUAUAAAGAAAAAAAAAUGUAAAUCACAUCUUUUUUUUAUAUUAACAAACGUCCUUAGUUAAUAUUACCACAUUGUGAAUGAAUGAUGAGAUUUUCUUGUACUGCCCAACUGUGAGUGCUUCUCUGCUAAUAAAUAUGUUUUGACAAACCGA